AUGGGGUCAAAGGCGGAGGAACCUGGUGGGGGGGGAGGGUCGAUCGACAUCCACCAGGCGGUAGCGCACAACCGGGAGGACCAGAUCAAGCAAUACGUCGAUGCUGGAGGAGACUUGGACAGGAGGGACGGGAACAAUUUGGCGCCAUUGCACAUAGCGGCCGCGGGGGGGUUCUGCAACGUAGUCGAGUUCUUGCUCAUGCACAAGGCAGGGGUGGACGUGACGAGCAAAAUCGGGCACUCGCCUCUUCACCUCGCUUGCCGAUUCGGACACCUUCCCGUCGUCUUGCUCCUCCUCGCCGAGGGUGCGGAGCUAAACGCCAGAGAUGCGGAUGGGAACUCCCCUCUCCAUAAGGCCGCGAGCAACGGCAAGGCCCAGCUCUGCCGGGAGAUGGUGAAGAGGGGGGCGGACAUCGACGGCAGAAACAAGACCGAAUACACUCCUCUGCACUGGGCUUGUUUCAAGGGGCACAAAGCCGCCGCGGAGCAGCUGCUGAAGUGCGGCGCGAACAUCGACGCCACCAGCUCGAGGAGAGCGACGUCGCUUUUCAUGUCCACCUACUACGGACACGUGGAUGUCACGUUUCUUCUCCUCGCGUGGGGUGCCGACGUGACAGUCGCAAACGAGGACAACGUUAAGGCUGGCGAGACCUUCCUGCCAGAGGUGCCGGAGGCACAGCAAGGUCAGAUAAAAGUUUUGUUGAAGGAGAGACAGCCGUUGCUGAUGAAGGGGUACGAGGCCGCGCGGCGGAACAUGGCGCUCAUGUACAUGAGGUCGGAGCGGAGCGAUCUCAACCUCCGCAUGUCUCAGGGCGAGGUGGAGACCCUGUGGGGCAAGCUCGCGAAACGGGAGAAAGAGCUAAACAUGAGCAAGAUGGGGGCGAGGGACCUGUCCCACGCCGUGAAGGCCAUGAAGAGUGCCCUAGAGCAGGGACGCAACGACGCGAAGGCCAUGCGAGAGAAGUUGGCCGCUCUGGAGACCGAACUCAACGAAGCUAAGGACGAAGCGCAGGAGCAGCGCGAGCGCGCGGCGAGGGCAGAACGAUCCUACGCGACGCUUCUCGAGGAGGGUCGGGGGAGAGCUUCUUCUUGCGAAGGGGACGGCGAGGAAGAACGGUCCUCGACGCUCCAGCGGGAGUUGCAGGCGGAGGAGGAGGGAGAAAGGGUCGAGAAGUCGUCCGUCAAGGUGGGCGGGUUGACGCAGUCGUACUCGAAGGACGGGGCGCCGGAGUGGAAGUGGCUGGGGAACUGCCCGAAGGAUGGGAAACGGUCGCCAGGUUCCUCGACAUCCUCGCCUCCUCCCCUCCUGCCCAGGGUGUCCUCCGCAGCUACCAACAGCCUCGAUCCCACCUGGCAUUUCGACCCUUCCCCCAUCCUCUCCUCGGGAAUCAUUUCGGUGCAAGCAGGCUCCACCGCGUCCUCUCCGGUGCUCACGUCGGAGUUCCCGGAGCCCGGGCGGAUAGCCGCGCUGGCGUCCCGCAUCGAAACCCGACACGCCUCGCCGGACGAAAAGAACGGUGGCAGCACCCUCACGAGCCCCGUCCAGGCGACCGUUCCGGGAAACGUUCCGGGGAAGGCCGACGUGGGCCCGCUGGCGACGGCCUUGCCGCUGCCGCCGCUGGCGGCGACAACGGCGGCGGGGCCCGCCCUGCGGAGCCGUAGCAACAGCGGCAGGGGUGCUGCUGUGGCCGGUGGCGGCCGGUUGAGGUUCCGUUCGGCCCAAGCAACAACCCUACCGUUGGGGGGUGAGGUGGUGUGCGCAACAUGCAUGAACGAUGGCGAAACGUUGCCAGACCUCAUUCAAACCGAGCCGGGAAGGAGCUGCCAGUGCACACGGCUACACGACAGGAGGCCCCGUCCGGCCUUGUGGCGUGUGCCACCAAGGGGAACAUGUUAAUUCCGUUGUUUUUGGUUGCAAGACGUAACUGCGAACAAGCGGCUGUGUUUGUGAUGCUGGCGUUUGUUUAAGUACGUACGUGAGAGAGGAUUGCCCGAUUAUUGCUACGUCAUGUGUCAGCUGUUGUUUGUCGAGUUAGUUUCAGGUAUCGUUUUAGGUAGGGUGAAAUAGAACAACACAAAAGAUCACUGCGGUUAUCUACGAGUGAGAAUUAUUUCGCUGUGCAAAGUUGUACGUUAUCUUUUAAGUUGUCAGGCGGUGUAUACUGCGCGUCAUUGGCGGGGCGGUGGUGGUAUGUCAAAGGUUAUGGGGUAGUGGUGACCAAGCUCAUGGAGAAAUGCUUGUUCGUUUUCGGGUCCACGACAUUUUACACCCGUUUGAAGAGCCGCCGGGCUGAUUUCUUGUGGCGCCAACAAUGGGGGCAUGUAUCCUAGACUACGCCGGCGAUGCCUUUUCCUCCGUCCAGAUAGCCGCAGACGCAAAGUUUGCCCGUGUUGUCCUUUUGUCAAGUACGUAAGCUAGACUAUUGUCUGAAACAGGUUUGGUUUUGUGUCCUCGAAUCACAAGUGAAUCGUGCUGGGUUAUUUGUUGUGCUCUUGGACGUUUGCUGUUUGCGUAUUGUUGUGUCGAUGUAACGGGUAGCUCUGUUGUCUGUG